AUGCUCAGUUGCAGAGCAGAUACUGAACUCGACUCUAGCAGCUCUUCUGAAGACUCACAGUAUAACAAUCACCAGAAAUGCUCAAUAAUAAGUAAAGUCGAUACAUAUUCGACAAAUACAGGAAAAAAUAUCAAGCAAUACUGUGCAGAUGAUCGAUCGAAUUCAUCAUGCACAGAAGUAUGCAUGCUGCAUUGUAAAGUAGCUAAGCAUAGUUCUCUAUCAAGUUUGCAAAGAUGUAGCUUAGGAAAAACCUCAAACACUAAUGCAGUAAUAAAAAGCAGUACAGUUACAGAACAACAUAGCGAUGAAAACACACAUAAUGGCAAUUCUAGUUCGGAAGUAGAUGAAAAACUGAUAUCUUUACAAUAUCUGAUUAUUCAAGCAGAGAUAGAAAUGCAGAACAUCAUCGGAGAACGAAUUAAUCAUUACAUGGAAAUGAACAAGAGCCUGAAUGAGAAGAAAAAAGAAAUCAGAAGGAGAAAGAGAGAAGUUCUGGGAGAAAUAAACAUAUCCGAGAAACACGUACAGAAGCCAUUGUUUGAAGAGAAGGCAUAUAAGCAUUUAUCUACAGAAACACUAGAUCCAGCAGAUGACAAAAUCGAAUGUUUUGCCGACUUUGAAACAUCCAUGUUCACAUACAAGGCAAGGAACGGAAUCAAAAUGUACAUUUGCCCAUAUGAAGGAUGCACAAUGGAAUUGCCCACUGUGAGUAGAAUUAAACGACAUUAUAUUGUGCAUACUAGACUACGACCUUUUAAAUGCCUGAACAAAGACUGUAGCAAAAGAUUUUCAAGAAAGGACAAUAUGCUUCAACAUUAUAAGGUUCAUUGCAACUACACAUGA